GUGAAGGAUGAGUGCUUAUGCUGACAUCUGUGCAUCCAAUGAGGCACAGCAAGGUACUACAGAAAAUAACUACCAGCGCUAUGGAGUGCGCUCUUAUCUGCAUCAGUUUUAUGAGGACUGCACGGCAUCCAUUUGGGAGUACGAGGAUGAUUUUCAGAUCCAGAGAUCACCCAGCCGGUGGAGCUCUGCAUUCUGGAAGGUUGGACUCAUCUCCGGGACAGUGUUUAUGCUGAUAGGGAUCAUUGUUCUUAUAGUAGGCUUUCUGGUGCCCCCCAAAAUUGAAGCCCUGGGCGUCGAAGAUUUUGUAGUGGUGGAUACACAUGCUGUUCAGUUUAACAGAGCCCUUGAUGUAUGUAAGUUGGCAGGAGCAAUUUUGUUUUGCAUUGGAGGGACCACAAUGGCGGCUUGCCUGUUAAUGUCUGCAUUUGCCAAAAGCUACUCCAAAGAAGAAAAGUACCUACAACAGAAAUUUAAAGAGCGAAUAGCAGACAUGAAAGUUCCCCCACACCCAGUCACAAAAGCCCCAGCACCUGGAGAAUCCAAGAUACCUGUCACUCUGUCCAAAAUUCAAAACGUCCAGCCAUUAUCUGAAACCUGAUUUGUUUUCUCUUCCCCAACUUAAACUACCCAUGAAUUUGAAAAAGUCAGUUUUGACUAAUCUGUGUUCGCAAUGUAGCAUCACAGCACUCUACACCUAGCUGGAUAGGAGAUUGGAAAUCUAAUCCAGUAAGAAUCCUGACACUGCAGGAAAGGAAAGGUUCAGCCAUUCGUGGUUUGAACAAAAGCAUUAAUAUGCUUGCAGUUGUGUGAGUGAGGUGGGUUUUUCUUCAGAUGCAUUGAAUUCUUAUGACCCACAAGACCUUGCAAAACACAAUUUGAUUUUCUUUUUGCUUUUCAUUCCCAGAUAACAUUUGUCCCUGUUUUACUGUGGACAUCUUAAAACGCACACUGAUAAAAAUUAACACCCAAACAUUAUUGAAAAGUUAACGUGUGCACAUGUCAGAGAACGGUGCAAACAGAGAGAGUUUUCAUAUGCCUGUUUCCACCAUGCUGCUGAAGAGGUAAAUGCACUGCCAAGUAACUCAUCUGGUCAGCAGUUCGAGUUGCAGUGGGAGAAACAUAAAAAGAAAUGCCAAGCCAGAUAGGCACAUACAGGAUUGCAGCCAGUGUCCUUGCCCUUUUCAUAGUACAAAGGGUAGAUCAUCCACUUCAUGCCCUGCCGCAGUCUUGUUGCAGAAGUCUCACAUCCUCCUCCUCUUUGCAAAGAAAUUCAGUAUUUUCUGUCAUCUGGAUUCUGAGCAGCCCAUUUUCCACCCAUCGAUUCAACAACAUCAUAUAGCUGUUAACAUUAGUAUUAAGUUGUGGUGAGAAACAGCUGUCCAUCUCAGUCCAUGCAGCCUUAUUUUCCCUCUAGAUUUAAUGGCUGUGGGAAAUGCAAUUGUAAAAAUGUGUGCUGCUUUAUUUUUUUUUGUAAGGAAAUGAAUAACCAAUUAACCCAGCUACUGUUCCAGUCUUAAACCCUCAGUAGGAAUAGUGUGUGAGCCAUUAUUUAAAUUUUUGCUAUACAUGAAGUCCAUUUGCACCAGGAUAAGAGCUUGAAAGCCCACUCCUCUGCUUUGUGUGCACUGUGAUGUGUACAUAAAAUACAUGAGCACACAUGGGGUUCCCCCACCCACCCGCCAUCCCUCCCUUCCCAUCAGUGGAAGAAACGUUCAUUCACAUCAGUGCACACACAUACAGUAAUACUGCUGAAGAGAGAAUCACUGCUCUCACGUCCACAGAAACUUUCUGGGUUUGGGAAAUUCAGUGUCUUUGACCAUUUUAGGAAUGGCUCACAGGGCAUGUUUCCCAUUCCCAUACAAGGUUCAUGCCCUUGCCCACUCCCACUUACUUCAACAGGGAUUGUCCCAGGUUGAAUCUUGCCAUUGUUUUCAAAACUGAGUUCUUCUGUGUUCUCUACAUCUAAUUGCCUGUCCUUAAAAGAAAAUAUCAAAGGUACUUCUAUUUUUCUAGACAAGAGUGAAAGCUCUCUUGAGUCAGAUUACAGCUGUGUUGAUGCUUACCUGCAAAUCUGUCCUUUCACAAAAGUUAUAAAUAAUCUCUGUCUCAAAAGAGACCAUUAUCUCCUCUCUUUAAUCUAUGGAUUGAAACCAGCUCUGCGUAAAGAGAUGUGAACUUUGUAUUCUUUCACGACAUGUGCCCACCUUAUAAUUCUGUCUAUUUUUUUGAAUGGAUUAAAUAAAAAUGUAAGAACCAG